UUUAAAUAUAAUAUUAAACUUUCAGGUCGUAUCCCAAGCGGUCCUCAAUUGUUAUUUACUGAUUGUCUGAUCGGUUGUGAGUUUGCGGGCCGUCGUGUGGACACUGGGCAACGGGUGAUGGGCUUUGAUAUAACGCGAUGUUUUGCCUCCUCUAUAAAUGCCAACGAAAACUUCGUGACUCAUAUACCAGAGCACUGGUCGAUGGACGACGCGAUUACCAUAUUAAGCACAUAUAGCACUGUAUGGUAUGGACUCAUAGAGAGGGCUAAUCUGAAAAGAAAUGAGAGUAUUUUAAUACAUUCGGGCGCCGGAGGUGUGGGACAGUCGGCGAUAAUCAUCUGUCAGUACUAUAACUGCGAUAUCUAUGUAACGGUUGGGACGGAAGAGAAGAAACAGUUUUUGAUGAAUGAAUACAAUAUACCGGAGAAUAAGAUAUUCAGCUCAAGAGAUAUCGUAUUCAAGCAAAAGAUCAAACAAUUAACGAAAGGAAAAGGUGUGGAUUUGGUGCUCAAUUCGCUGACGGGCGACAAAUUGGACGCCAGUUACGAGUGUGUGGCCAAUAGGGGCCGGUUUGUGGAGUUGGGAAAGUAUGAUCAGGUGCUCAACAAACAGAUCGGAAUGUUUGACUUUUUGCGCGAUAUAUCGUUCAUCGGAGUGGCCGUCGAUAUGUGUCUCUUUGAGACCCAAGACUUUGCCGUA